UCCGGGCCUCCGCACCGACGCGGCCCGGGCGGGAGCCGAGCCGGAGCCGGAGUCGCAGAGACGCGGAAACAUGGAGGCCUGAGCCUCUGCCACUCGCUGGUCCGUGAGCUGGAAGCGGAUCUCCCUGCCGGCUGAGACAGAUGAAGUCUCUUGGAGGUGAGGUGACUUGCUGAAUCUCAUAAGGUUACUACACAAGGAAGAAUGAGGUUGUCUUGUGGAAAUGAAGGUUUAAGGACAAGUUGUCUACCAGAUUAGAAGAUGGGAUCCAACAGCAGCACAAUUGGUGAUCUUCCCAAAAAUGAGUACUUAAAAAAGCUCUCUGGCACAGAACCUGUCUCUGAGAAUGACCCGUUCUGGAAUCAGCUUCUCUCAUUCUCUUUCCCUGCACCAACCAGCAGUACUGAUUUGAAGCUCUUGGAGGAGGCAACUAUUUCAGUCUGCAGGUCUUUAGUUGAAAACAAUCCUCGAACAGGAAACCUUGGUGCACUGAUUAAGGUCUUCCUUUCUAGAACCAAAGAACUAAAACUUUCAGCAGAAUGUCGGAAUCACAUCUUCAUUUGGCAGACAAACAAUGCUUUGUUUAUUAUUUGCUAUUUGCUGAAAGUGUUCAUCUGUGAGAUGUCAGAAGAGGAAUUACAACUUCAUUUUACUUAUGAAGAAAAAUCUGGCAGUUACAGCUCUGACUCAGAAGAUCUUUUGGAAGAAUUAGUCUGCUGUUUGAUGCAGUUAAUCACUGAUAUUCCACUCAUAGACCUUACAUAUGAAAUAUCAGUGGAAGCUAUAUCAACAAUGGUUGUUUUCCUUUCCUGUCAACUAUAUCACAAGGAAGUUUUGCGACAGAGCAUUAGUCACAAGUAUUUGAUGCGAGGUCGAUGUCUUCCAUACACCAGCAAACUUGUGAAAACUCUGUUGUAUAACUUCAUCAGACAAGAAAAGCCACCUCCCCCAGGCACCCAUGUUUUCCCUCAGCAGUCGGAUGGGGGAGGACUGCUGUAUGGACUUGCAUCAGGCGUAGCAACUGGACUCUGGACUGUCUUCACCCUGGGCGGCGUGGGAAGCAAAGCGGCCGCCACGCAGGCAAUUUCUUCCCCUCUGGCCAACCAGAGCCUCCUGCUCCUGCUGGUGCUGGCCAACCUGACAGACGCUGCCGAUGCCCCAAACCCCUACCGACAGGCCAUCAUAUCCUUCAAGAACACACAAGAUAACAGUCCUUUCCCCUCGUCAAUUCCACAUGCUUUCCAGAUUAAUUUUAACAGUUUGUACACGACUCUCUGUGAGCAGCAGACGUCUGAUCAGGCAACUCUCCUAUUGUAUACAUUGCUCCAUCAGAAUAGUAAUAUUAGAACGUACAUGUUGGCUCGCACAGAUAUGGAAAAUCUUGUUUUACCAAUUCUUGAGAUUCUGUAUCAUGUUGAAGAAAGAAACUCACACCACGUGUAUAUGGCGCUUAUAAUAUUGUUGAUCCUUACAGAAGAUGAUGGCUUCAAUAGGUCCAUUCACGAAGUGAUACUAAAAAAUAUUACUUGGUAUUCAGAACGGGUUUUAACAGAAAUUUCACUGGGGAGUCUCCUAAUACUGGUCGUAAUAAGAACCAUUCAGUACAACAUGACAAGGACAAGAGACAAGUACCUUCACACAAAUUGUUUGGCAGCUUUAGCAAAUAUGUCAGCCCAGUUCCGUUCUCUCCAUCAGUAUGCUGCCCAGAGGAUCAUCAGUUUGUUCUCCUUGCUGUCUAAAAAACACAACAAAGUUCUGGAACAAGCUACACAGUCCUUGAGAGGCUCGCUAAGUUCCAAUGAUGUUCCUCUACCAGAUUAUGCACAAGACCUAAAUGUCAUCGAGGAAGUGAUUCGAAUGAUGUUAGAGAUCAUCAAUUCCUGCCUGGCAACUUCUCUUCACCACAACCCAAACCUGGUGUAUGCACUGCUUUACAAACGAGAUCUCUUUGAGCAAUUCCGAACUCAUCCUUCAUUUCAGGAUAUAAUGCAAAAUAUUGAUCUGGUGAUCACCUUCUUCAGCUCCAGGUUGCUACAGGCAGGAGCUGAGCUCUCGGUGGAACGGGUCCUGGAAAUCAUCAAGCAAGGAAUUGUUGCUCUGCCCAAAGACAGGCUGAAGCUCCCAGGCUUCUGCGACAGAAUAGAGGAGCACUGUUUGUUUAGAGAAGUUUCCGGAAUUGAAAUUCAAGUAUGUGGAAGAGGAGCAGCCCGAGGAGUUCUUCAUCCCCUACGUCUGGUCCCUGGUGUACAGCUCGGCCGCCGGCCUGUACUGGAGCCCGCAGGACAUCCAGCUGUUCACGAUGGACUCCGACUGAGGGCAGCCCGCCCGCCCGCCGCCACCGAGCACCUUCUCGUGUGUUUCUCUGGCGAACAGACCGGGAGAUGGCCUGGUGUGUCUCCUGUGAGGAUCCGGAAACAGGCGUGUUUCCCUUGCACACGCGGAUGCGAGCAGCGGUGCCAGUUGGCAGUAGAUCCCUCGGCCUCGAUUCUAGUACAAAGGGGGGUGCACAACAAUAAUAAACAUCCAACCUGCUGUCCCACAUGCAGUUUUAUUUAUUUCUAAGCCAGAACCAAGAGCUUUCCCAGGAGCCGCCGCCUUAGGCACAUGACACGUCCCCAGGACAUUCUAUUUUCUGCAUGUUCAAGGUUUUUGUUUUAGUCGUGUGUGUAUGUAUACGUGUGUUUCCUUCAACGCUGAGAAAUACCAAUCUGAAAAGAUGGCGAGACAGGAAUUAAUGAGGAAAUGAAGUCGUCUGCGUGGUGAUUUAAUAAACACGGUGCCCGGGCAGUUGGCUAAGCCUUUAGAUCCCCUGCAUCUUUCCCUCAAAAAAGGAAAUGGCUCCGCCUCCUGAAGCCCAGCUCGGCUUUUCUGUGGAUUUGGCCUCUGUGCUGUGGCUGAAUUAAAUUGGAGUCUAGUACAAAUUAAGUUAAUCCACUCUGUAUUAAUCAUUAGGAAAGGAAAGCUUCGUUUCAAAAGCAAUCUUUUUUCUUCAGCCAGACUCAUGGGAGAAAAAGACGACCAAUUUGAUUAAUACAGUACCCACAGGAGAUGAAAAACACGUUUUUCUCUUCAUUUCUGACAUGGUUUAAACUCGCUGGGGCCUAGAUGACCGCGCUGGGUCCCUGAGCUGGAGGAAGGCGCUUCUCCGAGGGAGCCGGCAGCGGCCCUCAGCCCAGCGGGCACUGGAGGCGUGGGCGUCCCGGCCAGCCCGCCCCACGGCCCGUCGCCCCUGCAGUCUAGGUGAGAAGCAGUUUCAUGACGAAGACAAAAGCACAUCAUUCCACGGGAGCCUGAGCGUCGCUGCAGCCUGCCUCCACCCUCUCAGGAACCAGCUUCUGUCCCCACGUCCCCGGCAGGUGCCCAGCCCAUCACAGUCUCGGAAAAGGACACGUCAUGCACGUCGGUGUGUCCCCCGGGAAGGCCUGGGCGGCUCCGUCUUCCAGGCCUUUGGGGUCGGCUGGGCGGUUUUAUCCUCGCCUAGAGCAGCGCUGAAACCAAAGCUCCCACGUGGGGGGAGGACGGAUAGCUUUAAUUCGUUUCUGAAGCAUUUGAUUUGCUUCCAUGAAACCAAAACACAAAAUCUUCAGAGGGUCACGUGGGGUCGCUGAGUCUCUGGUGGGACCCGAGAAGUGUCCUCAGGGCUGAGGGCUGGGCAGUGCCGGGGGACAGCCUGUGGGCUGCAGGGCCGUCAGCUCUUGUGACCAGAGGAGCCCCCGUCUCCCCUGGCCGCCUGGCUCACCGAGGCGCCCCCAGAGCCCCGUCUCCCCUCCUCCCGCCGCCCCCCACCCCUCUCAUCACGGCACAGCGGAAGUGCCCACUGGCCUGAAAGCCCAGCGGGGCUGCGGCCGCAGAGGCAGCGUGUGAGUGCCCGUCCCACCCGCCAGGAGCUGCUUGCUUUUGUGAAAGAUUCAUUACAUGACAAUAAAUUUAAAUGGCACCAUUGAAUUAUGCUUGCAUUAAUUUGUUUGGAAAUUUUUUUGUUUUCCACAAAGUAAAAAUGGGUAGAAUGAGGCCAUACAGGAUCGUCAUGUGUUAGGAGGGAAAUUAACAUCUGAUUUCAUCCAAGAUACGAAGCUGUUAUUGCACUGUGUCAGCUUACCAACAAAGGGUUCUGCCACAAUAUUUAUCUUUAAAAGAACGUGCCCCUUUCACUGGCACCUUAUCUUCCAAGAGCUCAAGGACUGUACAAAAAAGCUUCAGAAGCAGAACUGGUUCCCACUGUCGCCCACUGAGGCCGGUGCUGGGAUCUGUGAGCAGCAGCCUUGUCACGUGGGCAUCCCAGGGCAGCCACGUUCAGCGGUGCAGCAGAGCGGGGCACGGAGCCGCUCAUGGGCGAAGGCAGAGGAAGGAAGGAAGGAAGGAAAAGAAGGUCCCUAAAGGUGAAGCAUAGAAAGUGCACCGCACACCGUCCUCUCCUUUGGAAGGAAAUCGCAGGAGCUGGCAAAGCGCAAGACGGAGAGGGCAGAGCAUAGGACCAGCAUCAGUCAACAUCCGGCCACUUCCGUGAGCUGUUAGGGUCCGCCCAUGAGAGACGCUGGGGAGGGGGUGCUUUGCUGAAUUUCUUACUCUUUGGCAACAGUGUCCUUUAGGUUCUGAGGAGCCAGGGUCUUGCCUUUGGGAUUAAAGCUCCUGGCGUAACUGAGUUGAUAGAGGCUUGGGUUUGCAAGGUCAACCCUUUGGGUCUUAAUUUCCUCCAGGUACUAUGCCUGCAGUUCAGUAGCUGCCAUUUGGAUAAUAGGGACUUGGUCCUUGAGCUUUCUGAUGCCAAAUUCAGGGUUAAUCCAGUGUCCCACAUCACCUCCCGGAGUCCAAGAGGUCAGGGUUUCCAUUCUCUGGUGAAGAGCCAGGCUUCCUCUGAAUUUGAAAAGCUGAGGAAUGGAUUAUAGCACAGUUCACAGCAAAUAAUUUAAUUUUGUUUUUUAAGAACUCGGAGCAUAAAAUGUAUUCUCCUUAGGGCAUAUCCAUUCAGGAUCCCCCAUCCGAAACAAGGGAGAUUCAUUGGGAACCUCCUCCCCCUUGAUCAGGGCGUACAUGGCAACCACUGCUCCCUGACUCCCCAGGGCUGUCCAAGUCCCGGCUACUCUGCCUCUGGGGUUGAAAAGGCCCCCAGAGGAAAAGCAGCCCAUGCGACUGACCAGGUGGCACUUCACCAGCCUCUUGGCUUCGGGAUCACUGCAAACAGAGAUUUAAAUAUUUUGGCCAGAUUCCCAAGGUGUCCUUAGCUGGAGGGCUGGUUGGAUUUUUAGUCCGCCAUGACUAUCAGUAGACUAUCCUUCAUGGAUUCUGUGAGCCAGGCCCUGAAUGUGGGUCCAGGUGAAACCAGGUGACUAGUGUCCUGGGAGCCUAGCACAUGUACAUUCUCUCUGGAGGAAGCAAACUAUUAUGGACUGAAUGUUUGUAUACCCACCUCCCAACUCAUAUAUUGAGCCCUAACCUGCAAUGUGAUGGUAUUAGGAGAUAGGGCCUUGGACAGGUGAUUAGGUUUAGAUGAGGUCAUGAGGGUGGGGCCCUCAUGAUGGGAUUAGUGCCCUUAGAAGGAAAGACAUGGAAGAGAUUUCUCUUUCUCUCCGCCAUGUGAAGUUACAGCAAGAAGACUACCAUCUAUAAGCCAGGAGGAGGGCUCUCCAGGAAUCACACCAUCCAGCCUUCAGAACUGUGAGAAAUAAAUGUCUGUUGUUUAAGCCAGGCUGUUUGUGGUAUCUUGUAACAGCUGCCCAAGCUGACUGAGACAGGAGUAUUACUCAAGGCCUCAAAUUAUUUCUACAAUGUUACAAUCAGAAAUAUCCAGGUAUAUGAGAUAAUAUGAAUUAAAACUGUCAGAGAAAAGAAAACAUAUCCAUAGUAUCUGCAGAUAGUCACAGAAUUUGAAACAGCUAUGCUUUCUGUGUUCAAAGAAGAAAAUUUUCUAAUUUUCUUGUGGCCAAGAAAAUGAGAAACUAUAAAAAGGGACCAAAUAGAAGUUUAAGGACUGAAACAUACUAUAGCAGGAUUAAGAAUAAUUCAGUGGAUGGAUUCAAGAGCAGAUUAGUCACAACUGAGAAGAGAAUGAGUAAGAUGAAAAAUCAGGGUCUAAAAGGUAAGUAAAGGGUAGGAGACAUAAAGGACACCGUGAGAAUGUCUGACCAAAAUGUAGUUGGAAUCUCAAUAGAGUAAAAGAAUGGGAUGUUUACAUAAAUACUGGGCCGAGAACUUUUCUGAAUCUCACAAAACAUAUCAAGCCAUAAAUUCAAGAAGCCCCAACAAAUAAGUGCACUAAACAGACGAUCUAAACCUAGACACACCAUAGUCAAACUGUUGAAAACCAAAGAAAAAAAAUUUUUUUAAGCUCCCAGUGGGAGGAGAGAGGGACUACUCAGCAGGAACAAUGGAAGACAAUAAAGUGGUACCUUGAAGGUGCUAAAGUGAUUGCCAACCUAGAAAUUUCUAAUGGGGGGAAAAAGGCAUUAUUAGACUAACAACUGGAAGAAUUCCUCAGCACACAUAACCUAAAGGAAAAUGAAGAGUGUUCCAUGGGCAGAAGGAUACUGAUCCCGAAUAUAAGGAUUGACAAGCAAUGAAAAUGAAAAGGGCACAGAUCAACAUAAACACUGACUACUUAAAACAAUUGUGUCUUGUGGAGUUUUAAAUAUAUAUGGAAGUGCUGCAAGUAAAGGUAUGGGGAAGGCUAAAUAGAGUUGUGUUCUACGCUCCCUGCAUCAUCCAAUAAGAGAAUUUAAAAAUUCCAUUUAAUAUUAGAUUUUGAUAAGUCAAGGAUGCAUAUUGUAAUAGCUAUUAGUAAAAGAUUGUGUAACCUUUUAGAUAAUGAGAGAGGAUGAAAUAAAUCAGUGGACAGGCUUAAGAGCUGCAAAAUAGGAUAAGGAGAGAAAAACGGGUGGGACAAAUAGAAAUCGGAUUGUAAGAUAAUAUGUGCCCAAUAAACUAUGUUAUAGAUUCAUUCUUACAGUAAAUGGGCUAAUGCUCCAAUGUUGACAAAGAUUGACAGGUUUGCUUUCAAAACAACCAUAUGCUAUUUAGAAUAAAUGCUUUUAAAACAUAAGAAGUUAGAAAUUUUAAAAGAAAAGGGUGGAGAAAUAUAUACCCAUCAAACAGUAAUCACAGGGAUACAUUGUUUUAAAGUAAACUUUAAACCCAGCCACCAUGGCUCAGUGGUUAAGUGUUAACAUGUGAACGGUCAGGGCACAUGCCUGGGUUGCAGGCUCCCAUCCCCAGUGGGGCAUGCAGGAGGCAGUGGAUCAACGAUUCUUUCUCAUCAUUACUGUUUAUCUCUCUCUCUCUCUCUGCUUUCCUCUCUGAAAUCAGUAAAAAUAUAUUUUUAAAAUAAAUAGACUUUAAGGCAAAAGAAGCAUUAAAAAUUAAAAGGGUCAAUUCAAUUAUUAGAAGUAAUUCUAAUUUUUUCACUUAAUGAUACAAUCUUAAAAUAUAUAAAAGUUGAUAGAACUAGAAAAUGUAGGCAAAUAAGCAAUUAUAGUGAGUUUUUAACAUAUCUAUUUCAGUGAUUGAUAGAAAAAUAAGCAUAUAAAAAUCAAGUUGUGCCCUAGCCAGUUUUGCUCAGUGGAUAGAGCAUCAGCCUGCGGACUGAAGGGUCCCAGGUUCGAUUCUGGUCAAGGGCAUGUACCUUGGUUGUGGGCACAUCCCCAGUAGGGAGGUGUGCAGGAGGCAGCUGAUUGAUGUUUCUCUCUCAUCGAUGUUUCUAAUUCUCCCUCUCCCUUCCUCUCUGUAAAAAAACAAUAAAAUAUAUAUAUUUUUAAAAAUCAAGUAUGCCCUAGCCCGUUUGGCUCACUGGAUAGAGUGUUGGCCUGCAGACUGAAGAGUCCCAGGUUCAAUUCCGGCCAAGGGCACAUGCCUGGGUUGCAGGCUCGAUCCCCAGUAGGGGGCUUGCAGGAGGCAGCCAAUCAAUGAUUCACUUUCAUCAUUGAAGUUUCUAUCGCUCUAUCCCUCUCCCUCUCUAAAAAUCAAUAAAAAUAUAUUUUUUUAAAAAAUUAAGUUGUAGAAUAUUUAAUGCAAUUAGCAAACUUGGCCAAAUGUAUACACAUAGAACACUACUCUCAGCAGCAUAGUUUUCAAACACAGAUGGCACAUACACCAACAUUUGUAUGCUGAGUUAAUAAAGCAAGUCUCAACACACUUCAAAAGCAUUAAUUCACAUGAAAUAUGUUCUCUGACCACAAUGCAAUACAGGUGGAAAUCAAUUACAAAAAGAUAAUUUGAUGGUUCCCAUAUAUUUGGAAGGUAAGCAGAUUUCUAAAUAGCCCAUCUGUUAAAA